AUACAACCCAACAUUAACAUAAACAUAUCUACACACAGACACUCCAUUGAACACGUCAAAGCGACCAUGAAAAUGAUGGUUUUGCUUAUCGCCACUCAGAAGUCUCCCCGAAGCUUCCCUUCUUAACUACUUGUAUUUCUAUUGUCUCUUGCACUUUCCUCUUCUUCUGAUUCUUCUUCAUUCUGCAUAUCAUGCCUUCGAGACUACCCGAAGGAGUUUUUGUCUGAAUGGCUUCCUGUUUUGACUUUUCAUUGGAAGCUUAGAGUUUGAUCAUCCAUUCUCUGCUGUAUCUUGCACAUAAGCUUGCAGUAUGAGUUACAGACAAGAUAAAUUUGUGCAAUUUCAGGAUUGGAAAUCAGAGAAAAGCUCUGAUGGACUAGUAUCUACAAAUGAAGGAAUUCAAUCAUCAAAAUUUGGAUUAUCAAUGAAUGCAGUCUCACGCAAGUUCAGACUAGGAUUUGAGCGCAGUUCUGAAAGGAUAGUAAACCUGCAAAGAUCAUUUAAAUCUCAUUCCUUCAGCAGCCUUUUGGCAAAAGGCGUAGGUUCUAGCAAAACAAUACUUGAUCCGCAGGGACCCUUGCUACAGAAGUGGAACAAGAUAUUCGUGAUAUCUUGCAUAAUUGCGUUGUCUCUUGAUCCUUUGUUCUUUUACAUUCCAGUCAUCAAUGAUGUGAAGAAGUGUCUAAUGCUGGAUAAGAAGUUGGAGACUACUGCUUGCGUUUUGCGCUCUUUCACCGAUAUCUUCUACAUAGUUCAUAUUAUUUUUCAGUUUCGUACUGGUUUUAUUGCUCCGUCUUCACGAGUUUUCGGAAGAGGUGUUUUAGUUGAAGAUGCUUCUGCAAUAGCAAAGAGAUAUGUGCUAUCGUACUUCUUGAUUGAUAUUCUAGCAGUUCUUCCACUACCACAGGUUGCAGUUGUAAUCAUUAUUCCACACAUGAGAGGUUCAGAUCCGCUGCACACCAAGAAUUUGUUGAAGUAUAUUGUUCUUUUUCAAUAUAUACCCAGGGUUCUUCGAGUAUUCCCUUUGUACAAAGAAGUCACGCGAACUUCGGGCAUACUUACUGAAACGGCAUGGGCUGGUGCUGCAUUCAACCUUUUCCUCUACAUGCUUGCCAGUCAUGUGCUUGGAGCCUUUUGGUACUUAAGCUCAAUAGAGAGGGAAACAACAUGUUGGCGUGAAGCAUGUCAAAAUUCCAAGGACUGCAUACGUUCUUCAUUUCAUUGUGAUGAUAAAAAGAAUUUUGAUUUACUUUUGAAUGCAUCAUGCCCGAUAAAAACACCAAAUACAACAAUCUUCGAUUUUGGAAUAUAUCAUGAUGCUCUCAAUUCUGGAAUUGUGGAGUCUAAGGAUUUUCCCCAAAAGUUAUUUUAUUGUUUUUGGUGGGGCUUGCAGAACUUAAGUUCGCUAGGCCAAAAUCUGAAAACAAGCACCUAUGUUUGGGAAAUAUGCUUUGCAGUAUUCAUUUCAAUCUCUGGCUUGGUUCUAUUCUCAUUUCUCAUCGGAAAUAUGCAGACAUAUCUACAAUCAACAACUAAAAGAUUGGAGGAGAUGAGAGUAAAAAGACGAGACGCAGAACAAUGGAUGUCCCACCGUUUGCUGCCUGCAAAUCUGAGAGAACGAAUUAGGCGGUAUGAGCAAUACAAAUGGCAGGAAACUAGAGGUGUUGAUGAAGAGAAUCUGAUCCGUAACCUUCCCAAGGAUCUUAGAAGGGAUAUCAAACGACAUCUUUGUUUGGCUCUGCUGACUAGGGUGCCCAUGUUUGAAAAGAUGGAUGAGCAAUUGUUGGAUGCUCUCUGUGACUGCCUUAAGCCAGUGCUGCACACUGAGGAUAGCUAUAUUGUAAGAGAGGGGGACCCAGUGGAUGAGAUGCUGUUUGUAAUGCGAGGCAAGUUACUAACUGUUACCACUAAUGGAGGACGGACAGGCUUCUUCAACUCUGAUUGUUUAAAAGCUGGCGACUUUUGUGGGGAGGAGCUACUCACUUGGGCCCUAGAUCCUCAUUCGUCAUCAAAUCUCCCAAUUUCUACAAGAACUGUUAGAGUCCUCUCAGAAGUCGAGGCCUUUGCCCUCUUGGCCGAUGAUUUGAAAUUUGUUGCAUCUCAGUAUAGGCGACUCCACAGCAAGCAGCUACGCCAUACAUUUAGAUUUUACUCACAGCAAUGGAAGACUUGGGCAGCUUGCUUCAUACAGGCUGCUUGGCGACGACACUGUAGGAAGAAAAUGGAGGAAUCACUUCGAGAAGAGGAAGAUAGGUUACAAACUGCCCUGGCCAAAGGCACCGGUAGCUCACCAAGUUUAGGCGCCACAAUCUAUGCUUCAAGAUUUGCUGCUAAUGCGCUACGUGCUUUACGACGCAAUAGUACAAGAAAAGCAAGGAUACCGGACAGAGUACCACCAAUGUUGCUCCAAAAGCCAGCAGAACCUGAUUUUACUGCUGAAGAUAAAUAGAUAAAUAAACAGUACAUAAGCUCAUCACUGUCUUCAUUAAAUGUCAUUAUUGUAAAGCAUUUAGUUAUUGUUUUUUCAAGUUCUUAGGCCCUUCUCUGUCUUAAGUUGUAUAUCCCUUUAAAUUUAGUGAUUAGAAGUAGCGGUUUGGUUGUACAAAUUGAACGCCUCUUGCCUGAAAAGUCAAAGUGCUCCUACAGACAUAUAAUUUUGAUCAAGGGUUUUGCAGA